AUGACCGGACGUCCCCGAGGCCCCGCCCCCGACGCUUCGCGAACGCCCAACCGCCGGGAGCGCUGGCCCGGGGCUGCGUGCGCGCUGAGCCCGCGGCCGGUGAGUGCGCCCCCUCAGGGUCUCCGCCCCGAUCCCGCCUCCCGCCCGUGCCCUGGAGUUCCGGGCCGCCGACCCAGGCGCCCGGCAGUGACUCAGCGCGGGAGGGUGGCGACUCGUUGGCACUGGAGAUUCGAACUGUGCUGGGCCUUGAAUGCCGGGAUGAGUGGGGUGAACGAGUGUCUUCGGAGCUGGUCGCGGGACACCAAGAUGCCUGGCGAACAGCAGACGCUGAAGGUGGAGGUGGAGGAGGAGGAGAUGCAAGAGGAGAUGGUGCUGCUGGUGAAGGAUGAGGAGGAGGAGGGUGAGAAGAAGUAUGAGGUGGUGAAACUCAAGAUCCCCGUGGACAACAAGGAGGUCCCGAGGGCGGCACCAGCGCCUCCUGCAGACCCGGUGCGCCCACACGUGUGCUCGGAAUGUGGCCGUGCUUUUGCACGCCGGUCCACGCUAGCCAAGCAUUCACGCACACACACAGGUGAACGGCCUUUCGAAUGCCCCGAGUGUGGCCGGGGCUUUUCCCAGAAGUCCGCGCUGACCAAGCACGGCCGCACACACACGGGCGAGCGGCCCUAUGAGUGCCCUGAGUGUGGCCAGCGCUUUUCGGCCGCCUCGAACCUGCAGCAGCACCGGCGGCGCCACACCGGCGAGAAGCCCUACGCGUGCACGCAGUGUGGGCGCCGCUUCGCUCAGAGCUCCAACUACGCGCAGCACCUGCGCGUGCACACGGGCGAGAAGCCCUACACCUGCCCCGACUGCGGGCGCGCCUUCGGCGGCAGCUCGUGCCUUGUGCGCCACCGGCGCACGCAUACGGGGGAGCGGCCGUACGUUUGUGCCGACUGUGGCACGCGCUUCGCGCAGAGCUCGGCGCUGGCCAAGCACCGGCGCGUGCACACGGGCGAGAAGCCGCACCUCUGUACCGUGUGCGGCCGCUAUUUCCGCCACCGGUCCAACCUGGCAGAUCAUACCCGCACGCACACGGGCGAGCGGCCCUACCCCUGCACCGAGUGCGGACAGCGCUUCCGCCUCAGCUCAAACUUCGUCCGCCACCGCCGUUCGCAUAUGAUGCGCCGUCUCUAUAUCUGCGCUGUGUGCGGCCGAGACUUCAAGCUGCCCCCUGGCUCUAAGGCCACCACUGUCACUGAGCGCUGCCCCGAGUGCGAGAGCAGAUGA